AUGUGGGUGGAGGUGACCGUGCUGAAAAGGGAGAUGAAGCCAGAAAGUGACAGACCACGGAAAGUCCGGUUUCGGAUCGCGUCCUCUCACAGUGGGCGAGUUCUGAAGGAAGUGUAUGAAGAUGGGCAACCGUCAGGCUCUCUGGAUUCUGAAUGUGCCAGUAUCUGUGGGAUAGAUGGAUUAAGUGAUUCUGAUGGACAGCAGAAUGGGCACAUAGAAUCAGAAGGUGAUGAGAAUGAGAAUGACCAGGAUAGCUUGCUUGUGUUAGCAAGGGCUGCCAGUGAGAAGGGUUUUGGUACAAGAAGAGUCAACAUUUUAAGCAAAAAUGGCACAGUCAGAGGCGUCAAAUACAAAGUGAGUGCUGGCCAGGCUCUAUUUAACAAUUUGACCAAAGUAUUACAGCAACCAUCAACUGACCUAGAAUUUGACCGUGUAGUGAUUUAUACCACCUGCCUUCGUGUGGUUCGGACAACCUUUGAAAGAUGUGAACUGGUUAGAAAGAUUUUCCAAAACCAUCGCAUAAAAUUUGAAGAGAAAAACAUAGCCCUGAAUGGUGAAUAUGGAAAAGAGUUAGAUGAACGAUGCCGACGAGUUUCCGAAGCGCCUUCCCUCCCUGUUGUGUUCAUUGAUGGCCAUUACCUUGGGGGUGCUGAGAAAAUUUUGUCAAUGAAUGAAUCAGGAGAAUUGCAAGACCUCCUAACCAAAAUUGAGAGAGUGCAGCAUCCACAUGAGUGUCCCUCUUGUGGAGGCUUUGGGUUUCUUCCAUGCUCUAUGUGCCAUGGGAGCAAGAUGUCCGUGUUUCGAAAUUGCUUCACAGACUCUUUCAAAGCCCUGAAGUGUACGGCUUGCAAUGAAAACGGUCUUCAGCGUUGUAAGAACUGUGUUGGUUAAUUGGAGCUUCUACCCACGAAAAGUCUCAUUUUAUUAAUCAAAGGCAAUACUUUGGUUUAUAUAUAUUUUUUAAAUGCUUAUGUUUAUGGAUUAACCAAUAAACUUUAUUAUAA